AUGGGUCGAAAGAAACAGCAGCCCCGUCGGGCGGUAGAAGCGCGGAACUCGGAAGCUCAGCUGAACGAACAAAUUGUUAAGAUUGACCAUCAGGAAGAGGAAAUUUUGGUCAGAACAGACAAUCCGUAUUUUGUUGAAGUAGACAAGUCUAAUUGGGUAGUUUCCGGUGAGCAUUAUGAUGUUUCCGAAAUUGUUUUGCCGACUUUUGAUAUUCAUCCGGAGUUUCAUCGUUUUAAUGUCAACGAGGAAUUUUACCAGGAUUCUAGGUAUUCUUUGAGGUUUAGGUUGAAUAAUGUAGAGGAGCAUCUUAACAGAAUUAAAUUAGGGCAUUGGCCGGAAUUAUCUUCCUCCAGUAUAUAUUUGGAAUUUGUUGAAAAAAACUUGAACGAGGGAAUGGAUACCGUUUCCGUGAUAAUGUCUGGGAAUUUGGACGGCCCAGAUGAGGGCGUAUCCGGGCUCGUUCAUUUAGCAAGUUUGAAUUUUUUGACAUUGAGACCGCAACUGGGCUUCACAUUGUCGGAGGGUUCGCAGUCUGUGAGAUUGAGGGUUGAGAUUUUGCAGAGGGCAUUUGAUGCUUGUACUUCACUUGUUGAUGAGUCAAGGAAACUUUGGAAGAGGAGUAUGAUGAAUGUCAUGGCUUGGCUGCGCCCUGAAGUCUUGACUUCAGAGGCUCGAUAUCGAUACUUGAGAGCUUGUAAGUUGAGUAUCGCCACCACUGAAGAGGGUGGAAAUCAUCCAUCGGGAGCAAAAAAGCGUGCUCGCAUUGAUAUAGGAGGUUUUUACGAAGCAAUUACACCAUCAAAGGCGGAGCCUAUGCUAGAUGUUCAUUUGCCUGGCUUGCUUCCGGAACUUAGACCAUACCAGCGCCGUGCAGCUUACUGGAUGGUACAGCGCGAGAAAGGAGCUUUUGGAUGCUGGGAGGAUAAAACAGAUCAGCUUGUUUAUCCUCUUUGUGUGCCACUUAAUCUGAUUGACACUUCAUCAACAGUGUAUUAUAAUCCGUUUUGUGGGAACAUCUCUUUGCAUCCUGAGCCUCUCUCUUCUUAUGUCUCUGGCGGAAUCCUAGCGGAUGAAAUGGGCUUAGGAAAAACAGUUGAGCUGCUUGCCUGUGUUUUUGCUCAUCGGAUGCCAGCUUCUGAGACUUUGAGUUUGCCUCAUAAAGAAAGGCAAAGUGAUGAGAAUAAAAGCAGCAAUUUGAGAAGGCCGAAGAUGGAGCGGAUUGAAUGUGUGUGUGGUGCUGUAUCUGAGAGCAUCCGGUACAAAGGGCUAUGGGUGCAAUGUGAUAUAUGCGAUGCUUGGCAGCAUGGUGAUUGUGUUGGUUUUUCAGCUAAUGGGAGAGCACCAAUUCCCUUAAAUUCUGAUGAACAAGGAAGUGGAGAGGACUCAAAUAAUAGCGAAGUAGUUGUCAUGGAAGGAGUUCAUAUAUGUAGUAUUUGUUCAGAAUUGAUCCAAGCUACGGAAUCUCCUGUUGCUACAGGUGCAACUCUUAUAGUGUGUCCUACUCCGAUCUUAUCCCAGUGGCAUGCUGAGAUAAAGCGUCACACAACUCCUGGCUCUCUUAGAAUCUGCAUAUAUGAUGGCGUCAAGGAUACAUUGUGUUCGGAUACCUCCUCUGUGGACAUAAAUGAACUUGUUAAUGCUGAUAUUGUCUUGACAACAUAUGAUGCUCUUAAAGAUGACUUGUCACAUGACUCUGAUAGAUAUGAAGCCGAUCGUCGCUCCUUGAGAUUUGAGAAGAGAUACCCAGUUGUUCCAACUCUCCUGACUAGAAUAUUGUGGUGGAGAAUAUGUUUGGAUGAAGCUCAAAUGGUAGAGAGUAAUGCUGCCGCAGCAACAGAAAUGGCACUAAGACUACAUGGUACUCAUCGCUGGUGUAUUACUGGGACUCCCAUGCAGAGAAAGCUUGAUGAUCUGUACGGACUCUUGAAAUUCCUUAGAGCGAGUCCCUUUGAUGCUUUUAGGUGGUGGGCAGAAGUCAUUCGUGAUCCUUAUGAGGCAGGAGAUCCAGGAGCUAUAGAGUUCACCCAUAGCUUUUUGAAGAAAAUUAUGUGGCGAUCUUCAAAGUUGCAUGUUGCUGAAGAAUUACAGAUUCCUGCACAGGAAGAAUGCGUUUCUUGGCUCACUCUUUCACCCAUUGAGGAGCAUUUUUACCAAAGACAGCACGAUACUUGUCUAAAAGAUGCCCAUGAGGUCCUUAAAAAUCUGAAACAUGAUGUUAUCAAGAGAAAUGCACAAGGUGUCGGAGCAUCUGAGGUCUUAUCUGAUCGGUUUAUUACACAUUUGGAGGCGGCAAAGCUGUUCAAUUCUCUCCUGAAGCUGCGUCAAGCUUGUUGUCAUCCUCAAGUGGGAAGUUCUGGCCUACGUUCUUUGCAACAGUCUCCCAUGACCAUGGAAGAGAUUCUCUCGGCUCUCAUAGGUAAAACAAAGGUAGAAGGAGAGGAUGCAGUGAGAAAAUUAGUUUCUGCAAUAAAUGGACUUGCUGGUAUUGCAAUACUUAAAAAAGAUAUAGCCCAAGCAGUUUCGUUGUACAAAGAAGCACUGGCUGUUGCGGAAGAAAACGCUGAAGAAUUUCGCUUGGACCCUUUGUUGAAUAUUCACAUUCAUCAUAAUCUAGCUGAUAUACUCCCCUUGUCCCUGGACAACCCACAACAAUGUCAGGAAGCCACUGCAAGCUCUGCAGAAGAUGGAAUGUGUGGUCUUGAUCCGAGUGAACAUCGUCCUCUUAAAAGGGCUAGAAUAGCUUCUGGAGACUCUGCUGUGGUUAUUGAUCGUGAGAAUUUGCCUGAGCAGCCAUCUUCUGCUCAGAUAAAUGCCUGUAGUGAUGAGGAAUCCAGCCAGAAAGCACAUUGUUCAUCUCAAUUAGCAGCUUCUCAAAGUUUAAGUGCAGUAUGUCAUAAUCUAAAGCAGAAAUUCUUAUCUGCUUUCUAUUCAAAACUGUCGAUGGCUCAAAAAGAGUUCAGGAAUUCCUAUGAUCAGAUUUGUUCCGAGUUUAGUGACGGAAAAGGUCAGGAAAGCACUUGGUGGCUGAACGCCUUGCAUUACACCCAGGGAAACACAGACCUAUCACGUGAGUUGAUCCGAAAAAUAGAAGAGACGCUAUCUGCUGCUAUGGAUGCUAAACGUCCAUCAAAAGUGGCAUCUAGCUUUAGUAGCAUCACAGCUCUCAAGUAUUAUAUUCAGACUGGUCUGGAUUCUUUGGAAGAGUCAAGGAAGAGCGUACUUGGCAGAGUUUUAGAGAUAGAUUCUGGAAUGGAACAUCCAAAUCAGAAUGAUGUUGAACGCGUGAGGCAUUGUCCCAACUGUCAAGAUAGUGGUGAUGGUCUUCUGUGCAUCCAUUGUGAGCUGGAUGACUUAUUUCAGGCUUAUGAGGCGAGGCUUUUCAAAACUUCGGGUGAUAAAGGGGAAGCCAUAGGAUCAGCUGAAGAUGCAGUAGAUAUGCAAAGGAAAAAAUCGGCGUUGAAUCGCUUUUAUCGGUCUCUCUCACAAACUGACAAGAAGUCUGGUUCUUCUAGUACGAGGCUUGAAGACGAUGGGAGAAAGAGGAAUGCGAAGAAGAUCAUGGUGGUCUCGAAGUCUCCCUCUGAUUUGGAAGUGGUGCUUGGGAUCAUCAAGAAAUACUCCAAGGGUUUGUUAGAUAGAGAAGAUAAAUCAGCGGCCAAGAAGCAGCUUUCUCUUCUUGAGGCAAUGCGCAAGGAAUACGCCCUUGCAAGAUCCUUAGCCCGUGCCCAGGCUCAAGUGCUUCGUGCUCAUGAUGAAGUACAAAUGGCAAUCUCACGGUUGCGUCUGAGAGAAGACGAUAAAGAUAAUUCUAUCGAUGCCUUAAGUCCUGAGGAACUUGAUGCAGCAAGCACCCAAAAUUCAAGUGAGAAAUUUUUGGCAUUGUCUUCACUAACACGUAUCAGAGGACAAUUUCGUUAUUUGAAGAGUCUGGUGCAAUCUAAACAAAAUCUGCAGUCAGAAGCUACAAAUGAAUCAACUGCAGCCAAUGCCACUGAGUUUAUAGUUUCGACCCCGGAGAAUAAAAGUAAACCUGAAGCUAUAACAUCGGGGGAAUCCUGCCCAGUUUGUCAAGAGAAACUCAAGGGUCAAAAGAUGGUGUUCCAAUGUGGGCACAUUGUUUGUUUUAAAUGUUUCUUCGCAAUGACAGAAAGAAGAUUCGGUCACCAUGGAAAAAACUGGGUGAUGUGCCCAACAUGUCGGCAGCAUAGUGAUUAUGGAAGUAUUGCUUUUGCUGAUGAUAGAUCUGAAGCCUCUCGUGCAUCUUCCUCAGUUGCAUGUGCCAAUUCUGAAAUGAAUGUUACUGUAGAGGGUUCAUACAGUACAAAGAUCCAAGCGGUCACAAGAAGAAUUUUGUCAAUCAAGUCGAAAGAUCCAACAGCUAAGGUCCUUGUCUUUACCAGCUGGAAUGAUGUGCUUGAUGUGUUGGAACAUGCUUUUGUUGCCAACAAAAUAAGCUAUGUACGGAUGAAAGGAGGCAGGAAAUCACAAGUUGCUGUCAGCCAUUUCAGAGGAUUGGAUAGUGAGAUAUCCGGAACUGGAAAGAGACCCAACAAGCAAUCGCAGUCAGAUUUUGUGCAGGUUUUAUUGAUCCUAGUCCAACAUGGUGCAAAUGGUCUCAAUCUUUUAGAAGCCCAGCAUGUAAUACUGGUCGAGCCACUUCUUAAUCCUGCAGCAGAAGCGCAAGCAAUAGGAAGGGUUCAUCGGAUUGGUCAGGACAAGAAAACACUAGUCCACCGUUUCAUAGUGAAAGAUACAGUAGAAGAAAGCAUAUAUAAACUUAACAGGAGCCGGAACAUGGGUUCAUUUGUCGGCGGCAACAGAAAAAACCAGGAUCAGCCUGUUUUAACCCUCAAAGAUGUUGAAUCUUUAUUCAGAGUGAUUCCAUCUGCUGCGGAGGCAGCCGACGAACAGCAGCCGAAUGGAAGCUUAUCGAACUUGCCACCUUCCAUGGCUGCUGCAAUUGCUGCUGAGAAGAGGCUGUUGGAGAGCAAGGCAUGA